AUGGCGCCCCUGAGAUGGACAAGCGCAGAGCAGUUGCUCUGGCUUCAGAACGAGAUGCCUGGAUACCUGCAAAUGCAGAAAGAGAAGAAAUUGUCUCGAUUCUUUGAUGCAUUGUUCCCUAGGUGGUUCAGCGACUUUCCAGAAGAGACAGAACUAAACGGCAGCCCACCUUGUGACACAAAUGCUGGCAUCAAUGAGCCCAACGGUGCAGACAUCAAUGAGCCCAGCGGUGCAGACAUCAAUGAGCCCAGCAGUGCAGACAUCAAUGAGCCCAGCGGUGCAGGCAUCGAGUCUGUGAUCGAGACAGCGCAGCUCGAUUCCUUGAAUGCAACCGAUUCAGUUGAACAAGAAGACAACCAAUCCAACUCACCUCCAAUUCGAGCAGCAGAACGACGCAAAGCAAUGUUGAGGGUCAGCAUCCGAGAACAAAGGAAGAAGUCUAUUGAGCUGCCCUUGAUUCUAGGUCAGGUUUUUGAGGAACUCUCAGCAUUGACGGGUGGAUGGCACUACACCGUUGUCAUGGGUGGAGCUGACCCGUUGUGUGAAGGGGACAUCAUGACGUUGAGUUACCACCAUGGUAAAACCACAGAUGGUCUGAGCUUCAAGGCGUCUACCCCAAACUUUCACGAACAAUAUCUACUACCAUUUGAAUGA